AUGCUGCCAUGGCUUUACGCUGCCACAUUCGUGGCACUGCCUACCUCAGUGCUCACCGCAAAUACCGAUGUCUGGAAGACGAGAUCGGUGUACCAAACCAUGACUGACCGGUUUGCCCGCACGGAUGGAUCGAAUACUCAUGCCUGCAACCUCACAGACGCCCUCUACUGCGGUGGAACAUGGAGAGGGACAAUAAACCACCUUGACUACAUCCAGGGUAUGGGAUUCGACGCUGUUAUGAUCUCCCCGAUCGUAAAGAACGUUGAUAAGCAAGCCAAGUACGGUGAGGCAUAUCACGGGUACUGGGCACAGGACAUGUACUCUUUGAACCCACAUUUUGGGACACAUGAGGAUCUGCUGGACUUGAGCCAAGCGCUUCACAACAGGGGCAUGCUCCUUAUGGUAGAUACGGUCAUAAACAACAUGGCUUAUACUUUAAAUGGUGGCGACCCAGCAUCGGACGUCAACUAUACCUCUCUCAAUCCUUUCAAUGAUAAGAGCUUCUACCAUCCUUAUUGCAGGAUUGACGAUUGGAACGACUACCCCCAGUCGCAAUACUGCUGGACAGGAGACAAUGUCGUUGCGCUCCCCGAUUUGAACACAGAGGACGAGCGAGUCCAAACCAUACUUGAGAUGUGGAUUCAAGAGAUGAUAACAACCUACUCCAUCGACGGGCUUCGUAUAGAUGCAGCAAAGCACGUCACACCAGACUUCCUGGGAGAGUUUGAGAAAGCGGCCGAUAUCUUUAUGUUCGGAGAGGUAUACGAGCGAUCAGUUGAGAUUAUUUGCGGCUAUCAGGACAAUAUAAUGUCUAGUAUCACCAAUUACCCCAUUUACUUCGCGCUCCUUGACGCCUUCACCCUCGGCGAUACAGAAUCCCUCCCCAACCAAGUCGAAACCAUGAAAAACAGAUGUCCCAGCGUCACAGGCCUAACGGUAUUCUCUGAGAACCACGAUCUACCUCGGUUUGCAAGUCUAAAAGAUGACAUCAACCUUGCCAGGAACAUUCUAACCUUCACUCUCCUCUUCGACGGCCUCCCCAUAGUCUAUCAAGGCCAAGAGCAGCACUUCUCCGGUUCAACAGAUCCCCACAACCGCGAACCCCUCUGGCCCUCCGCCUACAAUACAUCCUCCCCUCUCUACAGCUCUAUUCACACUCUCAACGCGAUCCGCAAACACGCCAUUCAAAUUGAUCCAGACUACUACAUCAGCUACAAUACUUAUCCAGUCUACCGCGGUCCCUCGGAAAUGGCCUUCCGGAAGGGCCGCGAGGGCAGACAAAUUAUUAUGGUCCUCUCAACUCAGGGGAGUAAUAGCGGGGCGUAUACGAUCCGUAUGAUGAAUGGCUUUCAGCCGUCUGUCGUCGUGAGAGAUGUGCUUAGUUGUAAGACCUGGACCGUGAAUGAUAUGGGGGAGUUAAGGCUUGACAUGGAUAAGGGCGAGCCGAGGGUGCUUUUCCCGGACUCUUUGAUGAGGGGCAGUGGACUAUGUGGGUAUGCCGGGGAGAAGGUCGGUUACUUGGACUUUGUGAAUAAGACUUAUUCGCCUGGAUCGCCUGGAUCGCCUGGAUCCGAGGAGGACAAGGAAUCCAGAGGUGUGGUUGCUAGUAGUGUUUGCGUUAGUGGUGGGCUCGGCGUACUGUUGGGUUGGGGGUUGUUAGGGCUUGUUUCCUUAGCGAUUUCUAAUUUGCUAUGA